GUCCAGUCCUGCUUAUUCUCGACACUUUUUCCGUUGAGUCCGUGACCAGUCAGUUCCCCUGCACAUAACGAUGGAAAAUUGGCCGUUAUCACAUUUUUUGCGAUAGCCGGUAUCUGAGAGGAACUAUAAAAAAACACCUGCAAUUUUUUUUAAUCAAAACGUCAUCAUCGACGAUCGCCGUCUUGUUUAGUGAAAUGCGUCUUCCGAAUCGUGCUUCGAUGUUGUAGAGUUCAAAUAAAUAUUAUGAUUUUCGUUUUGUAAUAAUUAUUGCAUAGUCCGAUCGGUCUACAAUCUAAUAAAUUUUCCUGGCGUAAUUCGAAGCUUAGUGGUUGAGUAUGAAGAAGCUGGAAUCUGGUUUUUUGAAAGGGACCACGUUCGAUGAUGCUGUUCGACUAACAGGAUUUGGCAGAUUCCACUACGAAAGCAUCCUAGUCUGUUCUUUGUGCGUUCUAGUCAUAGGGUUCCAAAAUGGUCUGUCCGCCUACGUAUUCCCAGCCGCACAAUGCGAACUCCAUCUCACUUCAUACGAAAUCGGGCUGCUCAAUGUGGCCUUCUUAGCGGGAGGAACAGUAAGUUGCUUCUUUUGGGGAAUCCUCGCUGAUCUAUAUGGAAGGAGAAAAGUGCUUAUAGGAACACAUUUGACCAAUGCUGGUGUCAUGAUAAUAUGCGCGUUAAGUCCUUAUACGGCUAGUAUAGUGAUCUGUAGAUUCCUCAACGGAUUUCUGGUGGGAGGCCCAGGAAGCAUAAUCUUCCCUUACUUCGCCGAGUUCCAGCCGCCAAGGUUUCGCAGCAAAACCUCAUGUUACUGCGGCCUUUUUUUCACCCUAUCAUGGCUCAUCCUCCCUCUCCUAUCUCACUUGAUUCUGCCUCUGCCAAUAGACUACAACUUUGGAGGAGUACUAGUGCUUACACCAUGGAGAUUAUUCAUGGUUGUACUGGGAGUACCAGAGAUUCUGGUUGGCUUGUGGUUCAUCAGGAUGCCUGAAAGCCCUAAGUACUAUGCAGCAGCUGGGAAGAUCGACAAAUCCUUAGAUGUCUUGAAGAAAAUGUUUGCAGUAAAUACAGGAAGGAGCAGAGAUUGCUACCCAGUGAAAUACUUACGAAACGAGAACAAAGUACGAACCAACAAGUACGAAAAUAGCAUUUCGUGUGAAAGAAAAGCUAUACGGUUAUUGAAAACCGUGUUGGGACAGAUUAAGAGCCUAUAUAAGCCGCCUUUAAGGUCUAUCACGUUUCUGAUUUGCAGUAUUAUGUUUACAAAUAUGUUUGGCAUGUUUGGCCUUGGGAUGUGGCUGCCAGAGCUCUUCGUCCGCUUUGAGAAAUACCAAGCACUGCAUCCUGAUUCCACCAUUUCUGUGAAAGAGCUGGCUUCACUGUUCAAAGAAGAUUCUUCAGAAACUUGCCAGUCGUUCUUCAAUAAUACCGUCAUCAAUAAUACGGUGGCCAUGGGUGUCACUUCACUGGUCUUUAACUUUGCGUGUUGCCUUGCUGUCGGUUGGAUCAACAUUCGAGUUGUCACUAUGGUUGCGUUGAUACUUGGUGGCGCAUGUGCGGGCAGCAUCUACUGGCUGACCAGCUCCCUGCAGAACCUGAUCGUCUCCUGCAUCUUCCAAGCAACCAUGAUCAGUGCCAACAUGACCAUCGCUGGCCUUGGAGUGGAACUCUUUCCGACUUCCGUCAACGGUAUAGCGGUCUGCCUCAUUCUGUUCUCCGGAAGAAUUGGAGCCGUUUUGAGCAACAUACUAUUCGGAUAUUUAGUGGACAGCUACUGCGAUGUUGCGAUUUUGGUUGUUUCAGCUGUUGUAGUUGUAGGUGGGCUGUUGUGUCUUCUUGUGCCAAGUAGCGGUAAACGCAGAGAGCUAGGUGUUAACCGAGAUAAUAUACAGAUUGCUGUGCUUAGUAAUAUAGAAUACAAGUGAAUGACAUGUUUAUAUUUUUUAAUAAAGUUUUGUGAUUCAAAA